CGUGGGUGGAGUGAACUCUCCCAUAUGAACACGUAGACUUAAACUAGUACAUCAGUGCAAAAUUACACGUCAACUGACCACACCAGCGGUUUGGACUUCUAACAUUCUUACCUGAUUUUCUUUUAUAACACACAUUUUCACGGAGAGAGAGAGAGGAACAGAAAGAUAGAGAGAUGGUGGCCAAACAGAGAAUUCGCAUGGCGAACGAGAAACACAGCAAGAACAUCACACAGCGGGGCAAUGUGGCUAAAACCACGAGAAUCGCUCAAGAUGAGAAAGCAGCAGUUGGACCAUGGCUUCUUGCCUUAUUCGUCUUUGUAGUAUGUGGAUCAGCGAUAUUCCAGAUCAUUCAGAGCAUCAGGAUGGGCAUGUGAAGGGUCAUCCAUGGUUUUCCUCUCCAAACUUGGCUUAAGAUCAUCAUUCCCAUUUACUUAUUUAAUCUUCUCAAGGUCUUUUACUACAGCGCUGAGGUCUCUUGUGCCUUACUCAAAAACUGGAGGAACAAUAUCUUCCGAAACAUUCCAGUAUGGGACUUUCGAUUACAUUGCUGCUGAAUUCAUGACCAAGGCAAUAAACUCAAGACUUCAAUGACUGUUAUGAAUUUUUCUGUUUUGUUGAAAAGAAAUGCAUCAUUUAUGUUUUGUGGGUUGUGGACCAGUUCAGUAUAAUUGUUAAUGUUAUUUUGUAUAGUGCACCUUUAUUGGAUUUCCUUCUAGCAUUAGAGCUGAAUUUGUAUCUUUGACUGUUCGAAUAGAUGGAGAUGCACAUAUUUAGUUUUGUGUGUAGACAUGAAACGUGAAAUAAAAUGAACUUUCUCAA